UUCCUGCCUCCACUGCCGUCAUGUCUAAGUCAGAGUCACCCAAAGAGCCCGAACAGCUGCGGAAGCUCUUCCUCGGAGGUUUGAGCUUUGAAACAACCGAUGAGAGUCUGAGGAGCCAUUCUGAGCAGUGGGGAGCGCUCACAGAUUGUGUGGUAACGAGGGAUCCGAACACCAAGCGCUCCAGAGGCUUCGGGUUUGUCACGUAUGCCACUGUGGAGGAGGUGGAUGUGGCCAUGAAUGCAGGGCCACACAAGGCGGAUGGGAGAGUUGUAGAACCAAAGAGGGCCGUCUCAAGAGAAGAUUCUCAAAGACCUGGUGCCCACUUAACUGUGAAAAAGAUUUUUGUUGGUGGCAUUAAAGGAGACACUGAAGAACAUCACCUAAGAGAUUAUUUUGAACAGUACGGGAAAAUUGAAGUGAUUGAAAUCAUGACUGACCGAGGCAGUGGCAAAAAGAGAGGCUUUGCUUUUGUAACCUUUGAUGACCAUGACUCUGUAGACAAGAUUGUCAUUCCGAAAUACCACACUGUGAAUGGCCACAACUGUGAAGUAAGGAAAGCCCUAUGGAAGCAAGAGAUGGCUGGUGCUUCAUCCAGCCAAAGAGGUCGAAGUGGUUCUGGAAACUUUGGUGGUGGUCACGGAGGUGGUUUUGGUGGGAGUGACAGCUUUGGUCGUGGAGGAGACUUCAGUGGUCGAGGUGGCUUUGGUGGCAGCCACGGUGGUGGUGGCUAUGGUGGCAGUGGGGACGGCUAUAAUGGAUUUGGUAAUGAUGGAAGCAAUUUUGGAAGUGGUGGAAGCUACACUUGAAGUGGUGGCAGUUACAACAAUCAAUCUUCAAAUUUUGGACCCAUGAAAGGAGGAAACUUUGGAGGCAGAAGUUCUGGCCCCUAUGGUGGUGGAGGCCCAUACUUUGCCAAACCCCGAAACCAAGGUAGCGAUGGUGGUUCCAGCAGCAGCAGUAGCUAUGGCAGUGGCAGAAGGUUUUGAUUACUGCCAGGGAGUAGUGUGCUACUACAGGCUUAUCAACUCUUAAAAAACAAAAUUCCAG